AUGGGAGGAUUCCUGGGAUUCACCCGUAACCACUGUUUCAUCGCUCUCUUCCUCACCUCCUUGAGCCCGCUGGGCCUCGCGCAGUACGAACACUGGCCCCACGUCCCCGGUUACCCUGAGCCCCCCCCCCAAGUGUACCAGCCCCCCCCGAGACCAGCGAACGUCCCCACGAUCCACGACGACGACUUCUCCAUCCACGCCGCGCACGUGGUCUGCAGGGAGCUGGGCUACGUGGAGGCUGUGUCCUGGUUGCCCAGCUCCAAGUAUGGAAAGGGAGAAGGGAAGAUUUGGAUGGACAAUGUCCACUGUAACGGGAAGGAGCCCACGCUGGCAGCAUGUACUUCAAAUGGCUGGGGAGUAACUGACUGCAAACACACCGAGGACGUGGGAGUAGUCUGCAGCGAGAAGAGGAUCCCUGGCUUCAAGUUUGACAGCUCCCUGCUUAACCAGAUAGAGAACAUGAACAUCCAGGUGGAGGACAUCAGGAUCCGACCCAUCCUCGCCACUUACCGCAAGCGGGUGCCCGUCACGGAGGGGUACGUGGAGGUGAAGGAUGAAGGGACCUGGAAGCAGAUCUGUGACAAGCACUGGACCAUGAAGAAUUCCCGCGUCGUCUGUGGCAUGUUUGGCUUCCCGAGCGAGAGGAAAUACAACACCAACGUCUACAAGAUGUUUGCCAGCAGGAGGAAGCAGCAGUACUGGGCGUACUCAAUGGACUGCAGUGGGAAUGAAGCUCACAUCUCCAGCUGCAAACUGGGCAAUCACCUCAACGUGGAUGCAGAGAAGAACGCGACGUGUGACAAUGGGAUGCCUGCGGUAGUCAGCUGUGUCCCGGGACGUGCCUUUGCCCCCAGCAGCCACAGUGGCUUCCGAAAAGCCUUCAGGCAGGAGCAACCACUGGUGAGGCUGAAAGGAGGCGCCAACACUGGCGAGGGACGAGUGGAAGUGCUGAAGAACGGGGAAUGGGGAACAGUUUGUGAUGACAACUGGAACCUGGUGUCGAGGGAGCGGGUCUUGGGCAGGGCAAAGAAAGCCAUAACAGGAGCAAGGCUCGGGCAAGGCAUGGGUCCGAUCCACCUAAACGAAAUCGAUUGCACUGGCUUUGAGAAGUCAGUCACAGACUGCAAGUUCAACAUGGAGUCCCAGGGCUGUAACCAUGAAGAAGAUGCUGCUGUGAGAUGCAAUGUCCCAGCGAUGGGCUUCCAGAAUCAGCUGCGGCUGAGCGGCGGCCGCAACCCCUACGAGGGCCGCGUGGAGGUGCUGGCCGAGCGCAACGGAACCCUGCGCUGGGGCACGGUGUGCAGCGAGAGCUGGAGCACGGUGGAGGCCAUGGUGGUGUGUCG